CCCCGCCCGCCCCCGGCCCCGCUCGGCCGCCGCCUUCCGCUUCCUCCCUCCCGCGCGCUGCCCCUCGGGGCGUGUAGUCCUGCGCCGCUAUUCACGACGGGCUCUGCGCCGUUUGCGCGGCGUAGCGGCCGGAGGCCGGGAUGAGGCGCUACGCCACGGCGGCGGCGUAAGGGCGGGCUCGGGGACUCCGGGGCAGGCCGGGCCGGCGGCGGAGCGGGAGGAAGGCGCCGGCGGAGCUGCCGGGCGCCGCGGCGGGCCGGCGGGAAGGGACGCGGUGGAAGUUGCUGCGCCCGGGGCGGGGGGGAAAGCGCGGGGCCGAGAGGGGACGCGAGCGGCAGCGCGGCCGCCUCCAUCGCCAGGCAGUGUGCCCCUCCAAGACAUCCCUGCCUUCACAGCCAGCCCCUCUGGGACAUCCUGCCCUGUUGCUAAUUGUGGAGAGCUGUCCAGAAUCCUUAUCAAUUAAGAUCCUGCUGUGCUCCUGAGGUGUUGCUCUUCCUGGUACAACCACGGCUCUCAGCGGAAUGCAAAGCAGCUGGCAGAGGGAGUGAGGCUGGUGGUGGGAGCAGAACCAUGGAAAAGUGCUGAAACCACGAGGGAAGGACCUGAGCUGACCCAAAAGCAGAGUGGUUCCUCUCUCCAGGCAAGACUGAGCUGCAGCCCGUUGCCAGACAGAUGCCCUGGGGAGCACGGGGCCUUCCCUGAGCUGGAGUUCCAGUGGAUUUCAACUGAGCAACCUGCAGUGUGAGCUUGGUGCAGCAGUCACCUUUGCUAGCAAGCUGGGAGUGCUACUGGCAGCUCUGCACAGAGACCAUCUAGCAUGCUCCUCCACCCAGGCCACUCCGCUGGUGCCAACAGCAGCCGUUUGUUUCCAGGGAUGCCAGGCUGACUGCCCACCAGCUGGGCAUUGGACCCUCAGAGCACAAACUGUGUUGGCACCUCUGGAGCGGCUGGUCCAGAGAUCUGCUCUUUGAAAGGCUGGCACAGCCUCAGACAGGAAGAUCUGCUGUUUACCAAUCAACACUCUGCUGCUUUGGACACCUCUUUCUCUGCCUGCAUACUUAUGAAGAGUCAGUGCUGGGCAUUAAAUGCAGCUCAGCCCAACUCAGCUGCCGUGUAUGAGUUCCUUCUGUGUUAAAGCUGGGCCAGAACCAGUUUCAAGGCAGCUGAAAGAAGAACCGACCUUCCCUCGUGCAGCGUGUGGGGAUCUCUGCAGCAGCCCAUGCCGCAGCGCCUCGCCUGUUCCGCCCGAGCCAGCCGUGCCACUGCCUUGGAGCUAACCUAGGAUUAAAUCCCAGCUUGGCAGGGCUGGUGGGGGGAACCAUGGGGAGCUCUGCUUCAUCCCUGGCAGCAGAGACCGAGUCGGACCACGGCUUCAGUAGCUCCCCGUACCCGGGGCACCCAGCCGUGAGCUGGUAUAGGAGUAGUCACGGUGGCCCCGUUUGGGAAAGUGCCCUUAUAACGAGGCAGCAUCAGCACUUACACCAUCGGGUGAGAAGCCACUCCCACUCCCCCGGCUCCAUGGCUGCCGUCCGCGAGUGGUCCUGCACCCGCUGCACCUUCCUGAACCCCGUGGGGCAGCGGCAGUGCUCCAUCUGUGAAGCCCCCCGCCAGAAACCCGACCUCAACCACAUCCUGAGGCUCAGCGUGGAGGAACAGAAAUGGGCUUGUGCCCGCUGCACCUUCAGGAACUUUCUGGGCAAGGAAACCUGCGAGGUGUGUGGCUUCACCCCAGAGCCGGGGCCCAGCGGCUCCCCCCUGCCCGUCAUCAACGGCGUCUUACCUAAAGCCGCCGUGCUGGUGGAGCCCAAGGGCGCGUCCAAGGAGGAGGCUGCCAAGGCUGAAAGCGGCAGCGAGGACUCGGAGGGGAAGAGCCCCGAGGAAGCGGAGCUGGAGAGCGGCUGGGCUUGCCAGCGCUGUACCCUGCACAACACGCCGGUGGCCAACUCCUGCUCGGCCUGCGGCGGCCCGCGCAAGCUGUCCCUGCCCAAGAUCCCGCCGGAGGCGCUGGUCGUCCCUGAGGUCGUCACCCCCGCCGGCUUCCACGUGGCCCCCUCGGCCCCGCAGCCCUCGGGCUCCGCUGAGCUCUCCGACGGCGACGCCGUGGCCGCCCAGGGCCCGGCGGCUAUGGAACAAGAAGGCCAGAAGAUGCCGGCCUUCAGUCCCUUCUCCCCGGGGCUCCAGAACAACCCCGUGCCCCGGAGCCGCCGGGAGGUGCCUCCUCAGCUGCAGGUGCCGGGCGCCGACGCCUCGCAGCCCGCGGCGGGGCAGAAGGGCUCUCCCCAGGGCCAGGCCAGGGCCGCCCCGGCCGCGCGCUUCCAGGAGCUGCUGUGUCCCAAGCGCCUGAGCGUGCUGGAGGAGGAGAUGGAGGUCGGUCCCUCUCACUGGAAGUGCAGCUCCUGCUCCCUGCUCAACUCCUCCGGGGCCGGCAAAUGCGAAGCGUGCGGCUCUCAGAAAGGCAGCGACACCAUCGACCUGGUGGGGGACUCGGUGAGGUUCACCCCUUGCAGCCCUUCCAGCCCGGAUUUCACCACCUGGUCCUGUUCCAAAUGUACCCUCAAGAACCCUACUUUAGCCCAAAAAUGCAAAGCCUGCGGUUGCUCCAAGCUGCACGGCUUCCAGGAGCACGGCGCCCAGGGCGAGCAGGCCCCGCGCUGCCCCGACUGCGGCGCCUGCGACCGCGCCUCCUGUCCCUGCGGCCCCAGGGCUCCCUCGGCACGGAAGGUGGCCCGUCUCUUCCCGUCCCCGCUGCCCCAGGACAGGCCGGCGCAGUGGGCAUGUCCCGCUUGCACCUUGCUCAACGAGCUCAAGGCCAAGCACUGCGUGGCCUGCCAUACCCCGCAGCAGUACGUGGCCCAGCGCAAGGGCCUCAAGCCCCUCAAGAGGAGGGAGAGCAUGCACGUGGAGAAGAGGCGGCAGACGGACGAGGGAGAGGCCAAAGCCCUGUGGGAAAACAUCGUGACUUUCUGCAGGGAGAACAAAGUCAAUUUUGUGGAUGACAGUUUCCACCCUGGGCCGAAGUCAGUGGGGUUCCCGGAAGGCGACAGCGUGCAGCAGAGGGUGAAGCAGUGGCUGCGACCCCACGAGAUCAACUGCAGCAUCUUCAAGGACAGAACGGUGAAGUGGUCGGUGUUUCGGACACCCAGACCCUCAGAUAUCCUGCAGGGGCUGCUGGGGAACUGCUGGUUCCUGAGUGCCCUUGCUGUGCUGGCUGAGCGGCCAGAGCUGGUGGAGAGGGUGAUGAUCACCAGGAGCCUGUGCCCCGAGGGUGCCUACCAGGUCCGGCUGUGCAAGGAUGGCACGUGGACCACAGUGCUGGUGGAUGACAUGCUGCCCUGUGAUGAGUGCGGGUACCUCCUCUUCUCACAGGCCCAGAGGAAGCAGCUGUGGGUUGCCCUCAUUGAGAAGGCUCUGGCCAAGCUUCAUGGUUCGUACUUUGCCCUCCAGGCAGGGCGUGCUAUCGAAGGCCUGGCUACACUAACGGGUGCCCCCUGCGAGAGCCUGAUGCUGCAGGUCAGCUCCACUAACCCUCGUGAGGAGCCCAUUGACACCGACCUCAUCUGGGCCAAAAUGCUGAGUUCUAAGGAGGCUGGGUUCCUCAUGGGAGCAUCCUGUGGUGGAGGCAACAUGAAAGUGGAUGAUGUGGCCUACGAGAGCAUGGGGCUGCGGCCCCGGCACGCCUACUCCAUCCUGGACGUGAGGGAUGUCCAAGGCUUCAGGUUGCUUCGGCUCAGGAACCCCUGGGGCCGCUUCUCCUGGAACGGCAGCUGGUCUGACGAGUGGCCGCACUGGCCCCCUCCCCUGCGGCACGAGCUGAUGCCCCACGGCAGCAGUGAGGGCGUCUUCUGGAUGGAGUACAGCGACUUCAUCAAGUAUUUUGACUCUGUGGAUAUCUGCAAGCUGCAUUCAGACUGGCACGAGGUGCGUGUGCAGGGCAUGUUCCCCAACAAGGCCAACGGGCCGCUGACAGUGACCUCGCUGACGGUGCUGGAACGUGCAGCCCUGGAGUUUGCCCUCUUCCAGGAGGGCAGCAGGCGGUCAGACACAGUGGACAGCCACCUGCUGGACCUGUGCAUCAUGGUGUUCCGAGCCACCUUCAGCAGUGGCAACAAGCUGAGCCUGGGCCGCCUGAUGGCUCACAGCAAACGGGCCGUCAAGAAGUUCGUCAACUGCGACGUGAUGCUGGAGCCGGGCGAGUACGCCGUGGUGUGCUGCGCCUUCAACCACUGGGGCACUGCUGCCACGGGCCCUGCUGCCCAGGCCUCCAGCCCCACCAGCAGCCGACCAGCCACCGACUAUUCCAGCUAUAUCCUGGCCAUCUACAGCUCCCGCCUGGUGAUGGUGGAGCAGGUUGAGGCCCAGCCCACCACGCUGGCAGAUGCCAUCAUCCUGCUGACCGAGAACAAGGGCGAGCGCCAUGAGGGCCGGGAGGGAAUGACCUGCUACUACUUGACACAUGGCUGGGCAGGGCUCAUCGUGGUGGUGGAGAACAGGCACCCCAAAUCCUACCUGCACGUCCAGUGCGACUGCACCGACAGCUUCAACGUGGUCUCCACACGGGGCAGCCUCAAGACACAGGACAGCGUCCCUCCCCUGCACAGGCAGGUCUUGGUGAUCCUGUCCCAGCUGGAGGGUAACGCCGGUUUCUCCAUCACACACCGCCUGGCACACCGCAAAGCCACCCAGGCCUUCCUCAACGACUGGAUGGCCACCAAGGGCACCCACAACCCGCUGCUCACGCCCGAGGUGGCCGGCCUGCACGGCCCCCGGCCGCUAUGACGAAGCGCCUGUCCCUCCCCGCCCCCAGCACUGUGCCCGGCGCCCUGGGGACGGGCUGAGCUCUCAGGGGGCACGGGGCUGUCUCAGGAUCCCGCCCCGUGCCCGUGGGGGGCUGCUGGAGAGGAGGGGAGGGGGCUGGAGGUUGCUGUCGGGCCCCACACUCAGGACUCGGCUCCCACAAGAAGAAAAUACCUCUGACAUCUGUCCGUCUGUGUGACCCUCCGUGUGUCCCCGGGCACUGCCCGUCCUCUCCUUCACCCCAUCGUGCUGGAGCCUGCUUGAGGGGGUGCCAGGGUGACCCUGCUCGUGGUGAGGGUCCCCUGUGUGCCCCUUGUCCCCCUCACCACCGUGCCAGGGCUUGGGAGGUGGGCGCUGGCUUGGUGUAGAAGCUGCUGCUGGGGGAGGUUUCCCCUGAGCCCCGGGGUGGAAGGCAGAGGUGGUGCCCUCCUGUGCUGCUGCUCUGAGGUGGGGAUUGGGGCUGGGGAUGCUGGAGGGGCUGCAGCAGUGGGGAACCCCCCCAGCCCCCCGUCACACAAAGUGUUACUAUGCAAAGGCGGCCGCUGAAAGCAGAGCCUGGAGAGAAGCCAUGAGCCCCAGCUGGGCUCAGCACCCCUGGGCACUCCCCCUCCCUGUGCCCAGCCAGGGCUGAGGGCAGUGGGUAUGGAGCUGGGCUUUGGGGAGCAGUCUCAUGUGCUGGGGGGGGUUGGGAUUUAGGGGUGUGGGGGUGCAGAGAGCCCAAACCUCCUGAGGCCUCCCAGGAAGGCAACGAGCACAAGGUGAAGGUUUGAAGAGCCUCGGGGUGCUGCUGGCCCCGGGGAUGCCCUGUGGUGGGGGCUCACACCCCCCUGCCCCCACUUUCAGGGCACUGGUGCAGGUGUGUGUGUGUGUGUGUCUGUGUCUCUGUGUGUGUGCUUUGGGGGGAUCCCCUAGUGUCACCCUCACCAGCCCAAGCUGUGUGGAGCUGCAGCUCGGGGUGGGAGAUGAGGGGGAGAUGCUGAGCUCUGUGCUGGGGAGCAGCCUGUGCCCCAAACCCUGUGCUGGCACCCAGUGGGCUCUGUACCCCUGGGGUACCUCCUUCCACCCCCCAAACCCCAGCCAGGGCUGCUGAGCCAAGCUCUGUCCCUACUUCUGUUUGUUGAUCUGUUUUCUCCCUUCCCCUCUCCUUCCUCCUCCUCGGGGUGAUAUCCUUCACUUCCCCCCACCCCAUCCUUCCCCUUCUUUCUGUCCUUCUGAGCUGUGAAUAUUUUUAACCCUGUAAAUACUGCCCAGCUCUUCAGAAACAUAGGAUAUUUUAUCAACUGUAAAUCCCCUGAGUACUCCCUGUAUGAUAUGAAUUAUCCCAUGGGUGGUUUUCAAACUCAGGUUCUGAUGGACCAAAUAAAGUUUUGUUUUUUACUGAA